AUGAAAGCAGAUCAUCGUCUCAGAUAUCCACAAAAUUCUCCAAAAAUCUACCAUUUACUAAUAUUAACAAUAUAUAAAGAUGAUAUGGAAGUUAUUUAUCGUACAGUCGAUUCAAUAGCAGCACAAAGUGAAGCGUCGUCAGUCAUUAUGGUUUUAGCGUGGGAAUCAAGAACACCUGAUAGAGAGCAGAGAACUUCAUUAAUGCAAGAGAGAUACAAAGAUGUAUUUGCUCAUUUAUUAUUUACCGUUCAUCCAUACGGUUUAGACAAUGAAGUGGCAUCAAAAGCAGCAAACGCUAACUGGGGAUUAAGAGAAGCUGUUAAAUUUAUGUUUGUGGAUCAAAAUCAUCAAAACAUUGAUCAUUUCAUGGUGACAACUUGUGAUGCUGACACACUAUUUCAUCCAAAAUAUUUCGAAUCACUCACAGCAGACUAUUUGGUAAUGUUAUCAAAACAAGACGCUAAUAUUCAUCGAACAAUUUGGCAAGCACCUCUCUUCUAUAAUUGGAAUUUAGAUCAAAGUUCAUUUAUUACUAGAAUAACGGGUCUUCUACGAACAACAAUGACAAUGGGACUUCUCAUUCCUUACAAUGUCAAUCCAAUGUCAUGUUUUUCGUUUUCAUUAACAUUGGCCAUUCGAGGUGGAUAUUGGCAUCCUCAAAUAUUUAUGGAUGAUGUUGGAUAUCUUCUGACAAUGAUGAUCGGUACUCAACAACGAAUUCGAAUUCGAUGUUUACCAGUGCCAGUCAGAUCGGGACCUACUUCGGGUGAAACGUGGCUAAAAGAUAUGCACGAAUGGUAUAUACAAGUGAGACGAUGGGGACUUGGUAAGUACUAUAAAUGA